GCCGGUGACGCCCGCCCGCUCCCGAGCACGAGCAAAAAAAAUAAACACGAAAAAAAUGUAGCAAAUCAUUCGCGAUCACGUCCACAACAUCAGUACCAUCGUUCAGUUAUACGUGCUGUGACUUGUGACCGCUGGGAGUUGACCCCGUGAGAUUUUAUCUGAACCACAUUUACAGUAAUUACAGAUACCAAAAACUAUGCACCAGAAACCCCAAUAAACAUGACAAACCAAACCCAAAUCCAUCAAUGGAACAGAAGCAAAGUGAACCGGGCCAAGUUCAGGAACAAACUGGUCCAAUACCUGGUCAUCCUAGCAUCAUUGCCUUACAGCUCGUCGCUGAGCUUGCCUAACGGAGACCCAGCUCCUGGAAGAUCUCCAGGACCACCUGAAGUCACCACGGUAGAAAUGGAGACGACAGUGAUGAUGAUGACUGAUGCUAGUGACGACGGCUGUGCGUUUGCGCGGGUGCCAAGUGAUUCUGAUGAAGUGGUGACAUUGAGUGACGAUGAGAGUGAAGUGAAUUUAACGGUCAGUCAUCCGGUGUUCGAAGCUGAUGUGCUGGUGAGAGGCGUGGUGUAUGAUGUUCAACUCCAGUACGAAGACGUGAUGCUUCGAGACUACGUGCUCCACUCCGUGGUCAACAACUUCAUCAGAGGCAACUUCACCCCCACCAGCCUCGCCGAACGGCCCUGCAGGGAAGACGCCCCGCUCCCCUACUUCCUCCCGAAGCACAGACCUGAACGCUCCAAGCAUUUCAAAAAGCACAGUGAUUAUAGGACGUUUGAUGGGUUUAGGAGUGAGUCCAGCUACUACUUCAAACCGAAGUACCGUAGUUUUAGAGAUGAGAGGUCUGUGAGGAGAAGCGUGAGGUAUCGGAGGAGGUACCUCCCUGCGAGAAUGGUGAGCGGGCCCCUGGAGGGGAGGCCGGGGGUGACGCUGCAGUGGAGCCUGACGGAUGCCGUGCAUCUCGACAGUGAGGAGACUAGUGUUGUUUUUAGGUUACGCUAUAGGAAAACAACGAGUGCCACCAUAUACCAAGUGUUCUUUACUAAAAUUUUAAGACUAGAAUGUGCUAUACACGUGAUUGGAGUGCGCGCGGGGCGUGUUGGGCGCGUGCACUCCGGGCAGGUGCCGCGCGCACACGGCUGCCGCGUGCUGCUGCCGCCGCCACCCGCGCGCCACGCCCUGCUCCUCGAGCUGCACAAGCUCAACGUGCCCUGCUCGGCGGGCUUCAUCCGCUUCGCUCCCAACACGCCGACCCUCUGCGGGAAGCUAGAACAAAUCCCCUACCCAAACAGGAGGUUCCUGUACCUGUCAACGAGUAAGAACCAGGCCAUAGAACUCCACGGCCGACCGAUGUUCGCCGCGACCUACCGUCUCGUGGACCACUGUCACGACGUCCUCCUGACGGACAGGAACGGCUCGUUCGAGGUCGGCCCCACGGUCAAACUCCUCUGCUCUUACGUCAUUCACCUUCCUUAUGGCAACCGAGUGGCGUUUCAGCUGCAAAUGGGUACAGGGUCCAUGGAGACAAGAGGAAACGACCUAUCAAGCAUUAUACAUGAAGAUCUCCAGUCUAUGUGCAGAGGCAUGGAGCUGAGUCUUCAAGACGGAGACUCCAAAUGGAGGCAUUGUUCCCAACCAGGGGACCCUUUGCGGAGUGUUCAAAUUGUAUCUGAGAGUAAUUCUGUGAGACUAAACAUAAGUGUUGUGGCAAAGAAGAAUUCUUCAGCGAUGUGGCUGAAGGUGUGGUGGAUGGACAAGCCGAUCGAGGAGGUAGUGGGGCACUGCGAGUAUGGGUGGGUGCUGUCGGGGGACUUUUGUAUAGCGGCCAUGAGGGAGACGAAGCGGGCGUGGAGGCAGGCGGAGGCAGAGUGCGUGCGGCUCGGAGGACACCUGGCCAGCGUGCUCAAUGAGAGACAACAACACAUCAUGGACCAGAUGCUUCUACAUGCUCCUGGAGGGGGCGUGGACGACGUGUACUGGAUUGGAGCAACCGACGCCGUCCAUGAGGGGGAAUUCCGCUGGUCAGAUGGACUGCCCUUCUCCUACGCACAUUGGUUUCCUGGCUGGCGCAAGCACAGCAGUCAGCCGAACGACGACGGCACCUCGGGCCAGGACUGCGUGGAGGCGAGACGGGAAUUCCCCCCGCGGCCUCCCCCAGCCUCGCCAACCUUCAUGUGGAACGAUCGCGGCUGUCGCGAGCACAACUACUUCGUCUGCGAGAAGCCAGGCGUCGAGGACCCGUAUACUGCAUCAAAGAUCCAAUGCAACGAGACGAUCCAGCUGUCGCACGCGCAGCCCCACGCGACGGUGUCGAGUCCGGGCUUCCCGCGUCCCUACCCGGAUGACGUCGAGUGCACCACCGACAUCCGCGCCCCGCAUGCGCACACGCUGCGACUGCACUUCGACGAGCUGCUUACUGAACACGAGCCGCAGUGA